AGCCCUCGCUCCCUGCUCCGGCCCGGCAGCGCCUACUGGAAAAGUCUCAGUCCACCGGGAAAGUCACCAAUGGACUGUAGAAAUGUAUCUGAGAACAGCAAGGAGAUCUCCAGCUCUUAUUUGGAGCCUGACUCACUGCUGCCCCCAGCAGCCAGCAGUGAUUCUUGCUCCUCUUCAGCUGGACAACGAGCUGGGGCAACGGCUGGGAGACCAGCAGCUGCAAAUGCUGCCCGAGAGCGCAGCCGGGUGCAGACCCUGCGCCAUGCCUUCCUGGAGCUUCAAAGGACCCUGCCCUCUGUGCCACCUGACACCAAGCUCUCCAAGUUGGAUGUGCUGCUCCUUGCCACCACCUAUAUCGCACACCUCACCCGUAGCCUGCAGGAUGAAGAAGAGUUGCCUGGGGAGGGCUUGGGCACUCUGAGAGGGGAUGGCUACUUGCACCCCGUCAAGAAAUGGCCAAUGCGAUCCAGGUUGUAUAUUGGAGCUACAGGACAGUUUUUGAAUCACUCGGUGCAAACAGAAAAUGCAAACCAAGGAGAAACAUCAACAAAUUCACAAAGCUAAUCUACUAUGUCCUUUUUAAAAAUUAUUAUAUUUAUUACACCAGAUGUAUUUAAAUUAAAACACAUGAUCAGACUAUAAUGUCUCAAACUAUAAUGUCUGAGAGAUUGUUAAUGAAUGAGGGAAUUGAUCCUUAAAUGUAUGUAAAACCAGAUCAAGUAAAUGUGAAAUUUAAUCUGUCUCUAACAGUGGUGGAGAUUGGUGAUGUCUGAAAUGGGUGGGCAAAGCUGACAUCGAUAAUUGCACUCAGAGCUAAUUUAA